GUAUAAGAUCAGUGUUAACAAUAAAUUUAUGUUUGCGAUCGAGUAGUAGCGCCAGUCCGAUAAAAUUACCGAUUUAGGUUUAAUUCUUCGCAAAAUAACCUACAUAGAAAAGUUCUUCGGAGAUCCAAAGUUACCGUUAUCACGAAUGCCAAUCUCUCUUACGGUAAAAUCUAUUUAUUGCCUCGCCGAACGAGAUACAUCCACUGAUUCGAUGAACUUGAAAGCCGUAACUUGGUAUACUACAAUGAAGAUUUACUUGAUUUUAUUAGUUUUUGUGAGUUCGCAAGUGCAUACCAGUCCAGUGCCUGGGAAACAAAAUAGUGAUAAACCGAACGUGCUUUUUGACCAACGGCAGGAAGGUGAAGUUAAUAUAAGAGCAGACCUCAAGAACUUUGUAAUUAUGAUUAUUCCAAAGAGCCCAGAAAUUGCCGAUAGUCCUUCAUCAGGGAGUUUAUUGGAUUUGUUAAGUAAAAAACACAAUAACGUCAAACGCAUAAAGAAUAAUCAAAAAUUAAUGAAUCGUGCUGAAACUAUGCAUUUUAUUGAGUCCAAAAGUGCCCCGUAUCACGUAGAUAUUACAAAAUCUAGUGAUCAUUUAAUGAAUGAUGAAAUACUGGCCACACAAAGCCCGCCUAUCAGUCUGCCUUUAAAAUCGACAGAAGAAAAAUCAAAAUCGGAAACGGUCAAGUUAUUACGCCAGUUAAGAUCAGCUAAGUUUGCUAAAGCUUUUGUGUUAACUGUACCUGAAGAAGAGUUUGUACUCACCAAGAUGGAGGAUAAAAAGAAAGUAGUAAAGAAAGAUAAUGUAAAGAAAAACAAGGAAGCUACAAAUAGUGAAGAGGAAAUGGUUCUGAUUGGUGCUACGGAACAGUGUGGACCGGAAAUGCGAAGGGACUCUGAAGGUAUUUGUAGAAUGACGGUACUUUCAGAACACGGUGUGUAAAAAUAUCUAAUUAAAAUAAGGGAUCAAUGUGAUUAAUCGUAGUUAUAAGGUUUAAUUUAUGUUCGCCUGCAGUAAUUACUUAUUAAAUUAAAUUAUUUUAGAUAUAUUUGUAUAUUUAUUUUAGCAAAAUAUUAAAGCUUAUUUAUUUAA